AUGUAUUUAACCGCAAAGGUCUAUAAGGGCAUGGAGAUUUCUUAUCAAGGAGAGCUUUACGAAAUUGACCACUUACAAGCACAGGCCAACCAGAAUGAUUUUGAUCCUUCAUCUGAUUCAACACUUCCACCGUCUUUGGAGCAAACCCUUUCACCUCGGUCCUCGACGCCUGGCUCUUACACAGUACCAAUGCAUGGAUGUAAAGCCACCCCUCCCUGGUCUUUAAGCUCGAUCGAAAGAGCACAGGUGGAAAAGAGCACCAAGUUGGGUUGGGAUACUCGGUCUGGAGUUGUGGUUGGAGGAGUACUGGUCGUUUUCUGGCAGGAUAAUGGACCGGUGACGAUGAUAACAACGAUUUACGGGAUUGCAGGUGCGGAAUGGGAGGUCCUUCGAAACGGCGCCGACCACGAGAAACAAGGGAAGGCUCGCUCCGUGAUUGAGGUGCUGUGUCCACAAUGGGGAUUCUACUUCAACGCGGCGGCGAAUGGCCUUGGAUCGGAAGACCUCUAUCGCCUUGCCCAACUCAGCAAUACGAAAAAGUUGGAGGAACAAGGACCACCGGCUAACAACGUUUUCAAGUGCAAGUUGGACCGUACUCUGGGCCUGUCCACUCCGGAACACCAUGUGAAUCCCUCGGCAAGCUGGAAAGCGAUAAACGAAAAGCAGAGGACCAUCACUGGGCUACCCAAAGCUAUAAAAGACACCAAAGGAACGCUAGCUUAUGGUCUGCAGAGCAAGAAAGUUCAUGUCGAUGUCUUAAGUCUGUACUUCGGAUUCUUGCAAACAAGGGCCUUCAAAGCGACGUGUAACAGAGUCGCCAAGGAAGCGAGAGCUGAGGCAACGGCUACGACAAUUACCAACGCAUCAGCGGCUUCUAUCCUAACAGCAACGGCGACUUUUCUCGCAGUCCCCACAGUCCCUGCAGUCUCCACAGCCUCAGCAGCGCAAGACGCGCCUUCAACUGCAGACGCCAGCACUAGCAGGAGAAGCGGCAUCAAGAAGCGCGCCCUGAGUUUCUCCGAGGCUCCAUCCAAGCGAGGAAAGGCUUGCUCUAGUUAUGCGAGCGAGAUACAGGCUACCGGAGUGCAACAUCCUGCACUGUUCAUUGGCCCUAAUGGACGAUUGACACCAGACCGACCUGGAACAACAGAGCAGUCACAGAAUUACGGCCAUAUAGCGCACGACCUCAACAAAAUCAUGUCAAAGCACUUUAGCAAAUCAACCACGGUUCUACACUUUGACGGAAAGGCCUCGAUACAAAAGUCUCAAGAGCGACAAGGUCGGGCCAUAUCCCUCAGCAACCGGAUCAAGGCUCUGGAAGCGCGAGCUGACAACGCCAUAGAAAAAAAACAGCGGCUCUUUGGCCCCCCUGUCAAGCAAUGUCGAAACGCGUACAAGACAUCCAAGGCAGCGCUGGCAGACAUAAGAAAUGGGCUGGAGACCUUGGAGUGGCACACCUGCGAAUUUCCCUUCCAAGCAGACACGCACAUUGCCGAGUUGUAUCAAGCUGAUAACAACAAAGACGACCUCGCAAUCAUUACCGCCGACAGUGAUAUGAUGGUAUAUCAAGGUGUUAGAGAAAUCACUAUAUCCGUCGGAAAGUACCGAGAGCUUACCACGUACAAGAAGGCUGACCUGCUCGAGUCUCUGGACCUCGCAUGCGACCGUGAGCUGUUGCUGGCAUCAAUCGUUACUAAGAACGAUUACUCCAAGGCGCUCCCGUGGCGCGGCUUCCAAAGAAACACCAAGAUCAUCCGAGAGAUGAGGACUGAGACCAGAGCAGGCGAUGGAUCAACAACGGACGCGCCAGGAUCCAAGACGACUGAGGCUGAGAUUAUCAAGGAGCUGAUCCAAGAGUAUUUGCAACGGGCGAGAGGAGGACAAAAAAAGGGUGUGGACGACUACACCCACGCCAUUUCGGCUUUCGUUCAAGUGCGUGAGGACUACCUUGACUCCGCUAAGCCAUCGUGCACGACCCACGAGAGAAUACUGGGCAUACUCCAGAAGCUCGAGAAGUGCAAGCUGCAAAGGAGAAAUAUGACUCGAGUCUUGCGGACAAAUUCUCCAGCCGAUACACUCACCAGCGACACUUCUGCAGGCUUGGCGUUUUCUUCCCCUGUCCAGCACAGCCUGCAGACGCCUGGACAGCAGAUGAUUCUUCAGACCCGACGCCGUCGCCGCAGACACGAGAAAGGGAACGCCCAGCAACGGAGAAAGCGACGCCCCAAAGGCAAAACAAGACGUAAAAGAGCCCGGGAGGCAAAAUGGAGACGAAGCAGGUACAAGAGCAGGAAUGGAGAUGCCAACCCUCGUUAUUCCCCUCACGUUGUCAUGGGCGUCAGCCAGUCAUGCCCGGUCGACAAGGUCGCAUUGGAAAAGAUGUCCAUCGAGGAACCGCGCCCGCGGAAGAAGAAGGACGGAAGCAUGGAUGACAAUCCUAAGGCCGCGAGUGAAACCAAGACGAAGUCCAAGGAGGACGAGCAGAAUGGUGAAAAAGUGGAGAGGCGAGCUGGAGCUAACCUGACUAAGCACCUGUUCGGUGAGGCUUUCAAGGCUGCCACAAUGACUGCAGGGUCGAUCACAGGAUGCCUGCACCGCGCCACGAAGCUGAACGAGGUCAGCACUACCACCACAUCCAAUUUGGAUCAAGCGCGCCCGGCACCAGAUCAGAACUUGGGCACUGAUGUCAAUCAAGCGAGUGCUCCGAAAGUCCAGCACAAGGAGGAAAAGAACGCGGACCCACUUGAUCUCAUUCUGCACAAGGCACAUGGAGAAACUAUCAUCAGAAAUCUGAUCUCUUUGAUUCUGAAUGGUCCAGUAGCGCCCUGCGGGAGACCAUCUAAAGACUCGGCGGCAAUUCAGGCGAAAACAAUUGCGCGCUCGAUUUAUGACGAUUUCCUGAGCGUUCUUUCAGAUUACGCACCGACAAAGGACUGCCAAGAUAUACCCCUGAGCGUCAUCCAGGCGGAACUGGCGGUGGAGGUCCGGACCGGGGUUCGAAAGCAUUUCCAGAGACUGCCCAAGUUCAUUGUGAACAAGCUGAAGCGUGCGGAUGAUAUACCUCCAGUUGAGGAUGACGAGAGCUCCGACGGCGAUAAACAGAAAGACAAGGCUGCCAUUCUUUCACUUCUUUGGGGCAAUCCAAAUUCAAAGACGCACCCUACACGGCAUAUCAUGGAAUCUCAAGUCUGCUCUUCCGAGACGGCCCACGAACUUGCAUCAGAGAAAUAUGGGGAGCUUUUCCGACUACUGUUUAUCGGAGACAAGGUCGAGAUCAAGGCGGAUCCCCUCAAGAACCAAACUUUAUAUGGCAAGGAAACAACGACCAUGAACCGAUUGCUGAAGGAUCAUCCAAACACAUACAGCCAAGCUGCACUCGAUGGGUACAUGAAGAGGGUCUUUGCAAAUCACAAGGCCAGGAAGCAAGCAGCUACCGAAGGCACGGAGCCCCCCGUGUCCCCCGGCCCCCCAAGUAAUGACAGCUCAUCCAAAUUUAAGGCGCGGAUCCCGGAGAUUACAUCGCGAUUUCCUAACAAAGGGUCCCUCGCAAAGGCUUUCGAUCAAGACCUCCAGAAUGUUGUGGGGGUGGGGGUGGACCCCGGUGAAGUAAUUUCAGCAUCAUUUUGUGCGCUGGACCCCCGAAAACCGAACCAAGUCACGAACUUACCUAUCAGACGCUCCGCUCUCUACAGUCCCAGUUUGUCAUUCAGAGUCGCGCUGGAGGCCAAAAAACGCGAACGGACCACUGUCACAAUCAAAGACAUUACAGGAUUAAGCGGGCAUACAUGCGAGACGCCUAGCAUAUCCGAAUUAGAAGCCUCGCUACCGUCGUCGUCAUUCCUGUGGGAGCUCAAAAAGACGAACCGGGCAGAGAAGGAUCAUGCCGUGCAUGGGGCAUUGCGAACUUGGACCCACAAGGCGGGAUGCAUACUGGGCCAACGAGACCAGCGAUGUUUGUACACGGGUCAGGAAAGUUCAACACUCAUACCAGGCUGGUAUCGCUACACGAGAGCUUCAAGGGGUAUUUUUUCCACAAGGCAAACAGCCUCGGGUACACCGUCGUUUGUUCGGAUGAGUAUCUCACGUCAUCGAAAUGCCCAAGCUGUGUACGACAAAACAAGGACCGAAGAAUGGCAAAGCCAGCGAAUCGGGCGUUCGUCUGUCUUGAGGAUGGGUGCCAGAGAUGGCUAG